GGGUCGGAGUUCACUUCCGGUUCUCUGCUCACACGUGUGUUCUGCUCCGCUGAUGCUGGUACCGGCGCUGCAGUCACAGUAAGGAUGGGGAAAGCUGCUCAAAAGAAAAAGGGGACGCCGGCAGCGGGUCGCGGUGCUCCAGCCAAGGCCAAGGUUCGCAGCGAGCUCCGGGACAAUCCGUUCGAGGUGAAGAUCAACAGGCAAAAGUUCAAUGUUCUGGGGAAGAAAAGCAAGCAUGAUGUCGGGCUUCCCGGAGUGUCCAAAUCCAAAGCGCUCAAUAAGCGCAAAGAAACCCUUCUUAAGGAAUAUCAACGCAGAGGAAAGUCCAGUAUGUUUUCCGAUAAGCGUUUUGGAGAAUAUGACUCAAAACUAACUCCGGAGGAGAAGAUGAUGAGGAGAUUCGCACUGGAGAGACAGCGAAACGCUGAGAAGAAAACCGUGUAUAAUCUAAAUGAAGAAGAGGAGCUGACCCAUUACGGGCAGUCGCUGGCUGCCAUGGAGAAAAUGAACGACGUUGUGGACAGUGACAGCGACACGGAGGAACGCGGUGCUCUGUCAGCUGAGUUGACAGCGGCUCACUUUGGCGGCGGCGGUGGGCUGCUCCGAAAGAAAGACCCCUCUGAGCACAAAGAUGAGGAGCCAGAGAAGCCGAAAACCCGCAGAGAGCUCAUAGAAGAGCUGAUCGCCAAGUCUAAGCUAGAAAAGAGAGAGAGGCAGAGUCAAAAGGAGAAGGCUUUGGAGCUGACCGAGAAGCUGGAUAAUGAAUGGAAGGCAAUUCAUGGACUCCUGGCCCACAAGACUCCCAAAUCCGAGAGGAAGGUUGAAGUGGAGAAGCCAAAGCCGGACGAGUACGAUAAGAUUGUGCGAGAGCUGGGCUUUGAGAUGAAGGCUCAGCCUACUGAGAGACUGAAGUCUGAAGAAGAACUCGCUAAAGAGGAGCAGGAACGGCUCCAGAAACUAGAGGCCGAGAGGCUCCGGAGGAUGCGCGGGGACGUCGAUGAUAAGCAUCUGAAAAAACCAAAGCACGUUUCUGCGGACGAUUUAAUGGAUGGCUUCGUCCUGGAUAAAGAUGAUCGUCUGAUGCUUUCCUAUAAGGAUGGUGCCCUAAAUCUUCCAGAGUCAGAAGACAAAGAUGAACCCGAAGAGGAUGCGGCCAGCGAUGGAGAGGAGGGAGAAGAGGACGCAGCGGAGGAUGAGGAGGGAGAAGAGGAUGCAGCGGAGGAUGAGGAGGGAGAGGCGGAAAGCGAUGAAGAAUCUGGAGAAAGUGAUGCCUCUGACAAUUACUCAGACCUGGAAUCCGACGCAGCAAGUGAUGAGGAGGAGGAGGAUGAAGAGAAAACAAAGGAGGUCAAAACCAAGAGCAAGGAAGAGAUGAGAGCGGACGCAGAGGCUGCCAAAUCCGAGCUCCCCUUCACGUUUUCUGUUCCGGAGUCGUAUCAGAGCUUCUUGUCUCUCCUGAGUGGGAAGCCGGUGGAGCAGCAGCUGGUGAUCCUGGAGCGGGUCCAGAAGUGCAAUCACCCCAGCCUAGCCGAAGGGAACAAGGCCAAGCUAGAAAAGCUGUUUGGUUUCCUUUUGGAUUAUAUCACAGACUUGGCCAGAAAGGACACCCCGGAUCUGCACGCGAUUGACAAGCUGGUCCUCCCUCUCUACGACUUGUGUCAGAUGUUUCCGGAGACGGCCGCUGCUUGCGUCAGGGAAGCCCUGGAAGAAGACGCUCGCUCCGCGGACGAGGGGAUAGGAAGGAAGCACAGAGCUGCGUGUGCGGAGUUACCCGUGUUGCUGCACCUAAAAAUGACAGCGCUAUUAUUCCCCACGUCAGACUUCUGGCACCCCGUGGUUACCCCGGCCGUGGUCGUGAUGAGCCAGAUACUAACCCGGGGCCCUUUCUCCACGUUGCCGCAGGUGGCUGCCGGGCUCUUCGUCUCCUGCAUGUUCAUGGAGUACGUGUCCCUGUCGCAGAGGUUCGUACCCGAGCUUGUUAACUUCCUCCUGGGAACUCUUCACCUGGCGACUCCACGCAAGGAGGUAACGGGCUAUCUACUGGUUCCGCCAUUCAAACCCCAUGGGAAGAGCGCCGGGCUGCUUCUGGUUGGGAGUAAGGUGGAUGCGGACACCUGGGUGAAGCAGAAGCUGCCUCUCGGAGAACUCGGCGUCUUGGAGAGCAGAAGCGGAACCGAAGUCAAUCAUUUCAAGUUCACUUGCAUAUCUGUGUGUCUGGAUCUGCUUCUAAGGUGUGUGAAGAUGUACGGCCCUCUGCCUUCCUUCAGAGAGAUAAUACAGCCUGUCGCAGAGCUGCUCAGGGAACACCUGCCAGCUCGGGACUAUCCGCAGCAGCUCCGGGAUUUGCGGGAAGACAUUUUGAAAGAGAUUGACAUCCAUGUAGUGAAAAAGUACACGCCGUUGGUUUUUGAGAAACAGAUGCCGGUUCCCAUGAAGAUGUUUACCCCGAAAGUCAUGCCUGUGCUUGAAUUUGGGAAGAAACAAGGGUGCAAUCGAGAGGAACGCGAACGCAAGAAGUUGAUUCACAAACACAAGAAGGAAUUUAAGGGAGCCGUGCGAGAAAUUCGUAGAGACAACCAGUUCCUGGCCAGAGUCCGGCUGUCGGAGACCAUGGAAAGGGACGCUGAGAGAAAGAGGAAAGUGAAAGAGCUUUUCAAUAGCCUGUCGGCGCAGGAGGGCGAGUGGAAAGCACUGAAGAAGAGGAAGAACAAAGGGAAAUAAUGGCGGCUCUCGCAAUGUCGGAGCUCCGAUACGAUUCAUGUGAUGUCUGACGAGAACCGGAGACGUCUGUUUCCAGCUGUUGUUGAGAGCCGAGACUGUUAGAAAGUGAAGAGACGCUGAAUCUGAAUCGCUGGAAGCGUUAACGGCUUACGUUGCAGUGUACAGAACAAUGAUUUUACUUCGUGUAAAUAGACGAGCGCUUUUAGCAGGUUGGGCCAUACGGUUCGUACGGAGAAAAGUUUUACUUAGAAGCGGAAGAGAAAACAAAACUCAAACGGCCGUUAUUGUUUCCGCUUUACUCGUGGAAUACAUUACAUUUGUACUUCAAAUAUCCUUUAUCACAAAUAGUUUGCAGAGCGAGUAUUCGUAUGAAAUGUUACGUGGUGCGUUGUAUCAUAAAAUAUACUUUGUGAAAAUACAAUUUGUUUUCCAAUUCCGUUGCA